AUGAUCCUGGGCCAAAACGCAAACCUCCCCAUCCGAGCUCGAUUUGCGCCCUCUCCAACGGGAUACUUACACCUGGGAUCGCUGAGAACGGCGCUGUUCAACAAAUUGGCCGUGAGUGCCUCGAAUGGCGGCUCUUUUAUUCUUCGCAUUGAGGACACAGACCAGAACCGUCUGGUCACGGACGCCGAAGAGCGGUUAAUGAAAGAUCUCAAGUGGGCAGGUCUUUCAUGGGAUGAAGGGCCAGACUGCGGUGGGCCAUAUGGCCCCUACAGGCAAUCUGAGAGGCUGCCGGUUUACCAUGAACACGUACACAAAUUGCUGGACCAUGACCACGCCUAUCGAUGCUUCUGCACUCCCGAGCAGCUGGAAUCUCAAAAGCGCGAGCUGCACGAGGCUGGCAAGCCCACCAUUUACCCCGGAACAUGCCGUUCUAUAGAUGCCGCCGAAUCUGAUCGCAGAGCAAAGGCCGGAGAAUCCCACGUCGUUCGCUUCAAGAGCGACAAGUUUGGCCGACCCAAGCUUCGGGAUGCCAUCUACGGGCCAUUCCAGAAGAAGGACAUGGAGGAGGAUUUUAUCCUGAUGAAGACGGAUGGAUUCCCUACUUACCACCUCGCCAAUAUUGUCGAUGACCACUUGAUGAAGAUUACGCAUGUUAUUCGCGGCGAGGAAUGGCUCAUCUCGACACCAAAGCACGUUGCGUUAUAUGAGGCUUUUGGCUGGCAGCCUCCGACAUUCGCCCAUCUCGGCUUACUCGUCGACAUUGACGGCAGCAAGCUCAGCAAACGAAACGACAGUGUCAACAUAUCCAAGUAUCAAAAUGAGGGCACCUUCCCAAUGGCGCUGCUUGCCUGGCUUGCAAAUCUUGGAUCUUCGUUCAAGCGCGACGUUCAGCCACCUCGUACCGUUGAAGAUGUAGCCAAUUCUCUGACGUUCAAAUUUACCCGCGGUGGCAUCAAAUUGAACCUGGCAAAGCUAGAACAUUUUAAUAGCAGAUACCGAGAUGCAAUGCUCUGGAAGCCCAUCCCAGCAUUGGCCGACCAAGAGGCGAAGCUCAUUGACGAGCACUUGACACAGCCUGUUCUCAAAGAAAUCGAAAAGAUUACAAACGGCGAUAUCGAAAACGCAGAACUCACGGCAAGAGAGUGGCGGUUACCCCUUGAACUCGUUCCAACACUGUUCAACGCCGAAAAGAAAGCUCCCUACGUGUACAAUGCCCUUGUCUCGAAACAAGGAGGCUUUCAAUCUCCCAGCCAUCUUGUAUCUCAACAUCCAUAUCUCUUUUGGCGGGUGCCUUUGAGCGUCUACAAGGCUUCCCUAACAAAAGCGCGACCAGAGCAAAUAGUCAUUGAUGCUCUCAGAGAUGCAAUCUCUCAAGAAGACCUUUGGCACGGCGAUUGCACUCAAGUGAUGCAAACUAUACAGUCAAAGGUGCAGCCUCAAGGGGUCGAUCAGCUAACUGUUCAUAAUGUGUUACGGGUAGUUGCUGCCGGCGGGCAAGACGUUGUCUCUCAGAGCAGUUCUAGGAUGUUCAUGUUACUAGGAAGAAAGGAAUGGGCGCAUAGGCUUGAGGUUGUCAUCCGGCUUUUAAACGACCUCAAAGAAAACUAAUCGCACUUGUUUUGGGAAUCAUGUUUUCUAAUUGUUCAUCGCUUCCGUGAAUGAAGACGGAUUGAGUGAUGAAGUGUAUCGAUCGAGGGAGAUAUGAUUCGGUCAAGUCUACGAUGUCUCUUCUGUAUCUAUAUAAUGACUGCUUUUCUCAUCGAAAAAAAUAAUGGGCAGCACUCUCAACCAUUA